AUGUCUCGUAACAUGUACAAACGUGCUGUACGUCAACAAGCAAAACAGAAGGUAUCACCUCUAGCAGCUUAUGUAAAUCAGACCAGUGGUCAUAAUACUACCGACGAAGAAAGAUUGAGUGAGACCUCUGGGGACACGAUAGAUUCUUGGUUGAGUACUGGAAGCCGAGGAGUGGAAUUUGAGGAGGGUGUGAACUGGGAGGACGAACUCUUGGAAAGCAUCGAAAUGCUUGAAGAAAAGAGAUCGAGUACUCGAGAACAAGGCUUGUCGCAGUUAGUUCGUCUUAUGUCUCAUAAGUAUGCAGCGUCUGUCCUUGAUUCUCGUCAAGAGGAUCUGCUUGAACUGCUGUCAAAGUCAAUUAAAAAGGAGAAAAGUUAUAAAGAGAAUCAAAUUGCAGCGAAAGCUAUGCUGCUCUUAUUUGUAACGCUCGGUGAAUCACGGGUGUCGAUGUACCAGGCUGUAAUGCAAUUGUUGAAGAAUACGAUCACAAACACAGCAUCCGCAGAAGUCAAGAGCGCAUGCAUAAAAACGUUAUGCCUUGCCUGCUUCAUCUCAGCUUCCGCCAUGGACGCAUUAGAAUUGAUCGGAUUCUUUGUUCAAAUAAUUAAGACUAAUGGGAGUUCAGUCAAUGCGCCCAAUGAUUCCUUAACUGUUACUGCAGCGCUGAGGGCUUAUGGCCUGCUCUAUGCUGGUCUCUGGGGCGAUAGUAAACGCAACUCUCACGCUGCACGAGAGGAGUUCGAAAGAGUCAUGCCUAUGCACAUGAUGCAUCUCGAAUCACCAAGCAUGGAUGUUAGAGUCGCCAGUGGAGAGAAUAUCGCACUGAUGUUUGAGAUACUGAAAAUUGGCCGCGAACGUAGCGCAGGCGAGUGGGGAGAAGCAAGCGAGUCGGACGAGGAUUAUGAGGGAUCCGAGAAUUACGAAGACAUGGAGAGGUUAUUGGAGUUAUUAAACACUCUUGCGAGAGAUGCUACCAGAUGGAGAGGAAAGGCGGAGAGAAAGACCCAGCGAUCUAUCUUUAGAAAUAUUUCUAGAACCGUUGAGUACGGUGAACGCGUCCAAUUGAAACUAAAAAUUAAGAAACAAACGAUUCUUUUCUCAAGUUGGUCAAAAAUCCACCAGCUUCAAGCUUUUCGAGAUAUCUUGGCCGAAGGACUGCAUGUGCAUUUUCAAGAGAAUGAGCUUUUGCAGUCCUUGUUUGACUUUGAACCAGAAGCGAAUGUGAUUAAGUCUCGGCCCGGAUCUGCUAUGAGUUUGAAUACUGGAAGCUCGGAUACUGAUACGGGGGUUAGCAAAGGUAAACGAAAAUCUAAGAAGAAACGUAGAAGAGAAAACAGGAGGGAAGAUUUACUCCGAAUUGGAUAG